CCCUCCUCCACCCUUCCCCUCCCACUUGCGACUUGUUCAACUUUGGUUAGCAUCCCGAGUUCCAGUUCGUGUUUGUUGCCCGUGAAGGAUGCCUUCUGCCAACCCUAAACUAGAAAAACAGGCCUCUACGGAGACCGUGGAACCCUUACGCCAAGCGAUUAUCGUAAUCGAGCACAAGAUACGAAAUCUCGAGAAGCGUAAGGGUAAGCUUGAAUCAUACAGAGAUCUGCAAAAAAAUGGUAGAGAAUUAAAUUCUGACCAAAAGAUAGCAGUAGCUAAGUAUGACGAAGUACUACAAACACUGGACAUUACACGGGACUUGUAUAAGCAAAUCGUCAACAUUGCCAAUGAUUCUGCUAAACAACAGAAAAAGUUGGCGCGGAAAGAGGCUGUGGAACGUAUGCAACAAGAUAUCGCAAAAGUGAAAGAAGUAUUACUUAUCCAACAAAUCUUGAUAAGUAUAAACACUGAUUCUGUUAGAGAUGACUUUUUUUAUGGAAAAAAUGGCGCUAUAAAACUGUCGGAAGAAGAAUUCAAGCAUUUAGACAACUUGUAUAAUGAGAUGAUGAUAAAACAACAGCGUGAGGAAGGUGAUCUGACGUUCGUUCAGCAAGCUCAAAAAGUAGCGGAGCAUUAUGUUGCAAUUGUGGAUGGAAAACAACGUGAAGUUAGCGGCACUACUUACAAUAAAUUGAAGGAAAUAUUUGCAAAAAUAAGUCAAUGUGGCUACUUCGAUCAAGUUCACGAAUGUUCAGAAGUGGCACCAAUAGAAGAGAUCACCGAAACUAUGGUGGAGACAAAAAUUACCAACACACAGGCAACACAGGAACAAGUCAAUGAGGAAUAUAGCAAUGGCAAUGACAGGCACAUUCCACCGGAAUCCAUGAUACCUAUUCCAAAUUUUCCAGUUCAAGUUACUACCCUUCCCGUUGUCUCGGGCGCAGCUCCAGUCUCGGGACCCAUACCGGUUGUACCACAGCCGUUGCCUCAUCCUCCUGGGCCAGUCGAUACUCCUUAUUAUACAAACGCCACUAAUUUCGUUCCACAAGCACAACAGCAGCAGCAACAGCAGCAACAACAACAGCAGCCGCAGCAACCGCAAGCUCAGCAAUCUCAACAGCAGCCUCCACCGGCACCACGUAUCAAUGAUGUUAUAGGGACACCCAAUUUCUUUUUCUUGCAAGAAUCCGAGCUGGAUUCACCGGAUGUCACGUCGCAAGCACCUAUCGUAUCGCACAUUCCUCCCACAGUUAACGCGCCCAUUCCCUCGCAGACUUUCACAAAUCAGAACUUUGCAAAUGCACCUGUGGGUGUACCUCAGCAGGUUAUAUAUCAACACCAACCGCCGCAGGAUAUGUCGCACAUUCCCGGUUUCGCGAAUCCUAAUCCACCACCGCCGAUUCCGAUGCCACCCUCUCAUCAGCAGCCAAAUAUGCAAUAUAGCCCACAACACCCAACUAGUUUUCAGCCACAGCAGCAACAGAAUGCUGCACAGCAAUUGCCCCAACAAGGGCAGAUGCAAAAUUUCAAUGAGCAAACGCAUCCGCAAGAAUCUCAAACCUCCACAGAGGAAAAGACAGAAAAUGGCCAAAAUGAAAUUACGGACUCAACACUGGAACAGCCAAAUGAAUCUAUUGAUUGGUGUCAGAUGACUGAAACCAACGAUUGGAAUCAAUCCGAUCAACAACAACAAUCUGUCCAAGAUUGCCAACAAACAUCCCAACAGACAUCCCAACAGACUUGGGUGCCAGAUCAACGUGGAUAUAGAGGAAGGGGAGGCAGGAGAGGAACCUCUAAUAACUAUAAUGGCAGAGGCAGGGGAAAUUAUCAGCAAAACGGACGCGGAGGACAAGGUACGUAUUAUCGCAACGAUAGUAAUUAUCAAAACGGAUAUCAGCAACGUGCCUGGGGUAACAACGAAGGAAAUAACGGAUACAACAGCGGCUUCAAACGUGGCAGUGGCGGAGGAUCAAGGGGUGCACGCAACGAACGCGUUAGUCGCGGACAAUUCAGAGGGCAAAGGGGAAACAACCGCGGUGGAUACGCACCACGUGGCAAGCCUCACACGCAAUAAGGAAGAAAGAAAAACGCUGCAACUAGCGUAAAUGCACAGUAAAAUACACUAAUGCUCUGCGAUUACGAUUCAACUGUCUAUUUAUGAAAAAGCUUAAGUCGGAACAAUGCAUUUGCGAUACGAGGUGAAACUUUAAGUAGAUAUCGUGCAGCAUGCUUAAGAAUAUUAUAUACACAAUAUCUUUGAUAUUAAAGAUUGAUUAAGUAUAUUAAGUCAUUAGUUUUAGUAAUACAGAUUUAACUGUGUUACAUGAUUUUUUUAUCUAUUGCGUGUUCACACGGAUAUUAAGUAAUUUUGAGAAGAUAAAGUUGUAUACAAAACACAUCUUGCAUCUAAUGUGUAUCAUAUGAAAUUAUGUAUGAUACGAACGCGUUUGAAGAAUCUUACACUGGCAUUUGCGAAGAUUUGCGGCUUAGGAUGUUUCUUAAAUAUGACAUUGAACAAAUGAAACAUUGCAUUUUGAAUUCGGUAUUUGUAAUUAUGAGAAGAAAAUUAAUGAUAAUAAAAGAAAAGAGAUGAUGCAGAGAUAACAUUGUGAUAUGUGAAGAUAAAACAACCAAAUUUCAGAAGUGUGAACCUACCGUGCAAGUAUUAUUGUAUCGUGACAGAAGGCAGGUUUCACAGGGCAACAACAGCUGAUUAACAAAGAUUAGAAAAAAAAUAAUUUUAUUAUAAAAAAAUACAAAAAAACCGAGAACUCAUACAAACAUUUCAUGUAAAGACUACAAGAACGUAUUUAAAGAUAACGUUAAGAUGAUAAUAAGUAUAUUGAUAGGCGAUUUGCACGACCAUCUCUUUGUCUUGCGCAUCAUUUCAGAACGAAUUUUCUAAGAUACCAGAAAAAAGAGGAUAUAGUGAGCAACGCUUUCUAAGCCGCUAAAAAUAUUUUAUCGCGUAUUCCAUAUUUGCGAUGUACGAAUGUAAACAAUCGAGAUUCAUCAAAAGAAUCAUAGCUCGAGAGUUGUAGAUGAAUUACGAUAUGUGAAAAUUUGUAAGAUUUUUUUUUCCAUAUAAAAACGUGUUGUGAUAUACAUAUAAAAAAUUGUCAUCGCUCCUUCUCCCGUUUUUUCUGUGUGAUUCCAAAAUUCUUCACAGUGAUCGCGCCCACGCAGUCAUGGCCAAGCGAAAGAGAUUGCGGUGCAAUGUCUUCGUUUACGGUGUAACGCAUUACCUGAUUUUUUUGUAUUACGAGAAAAAGGAAAAAACAUGAUUAUUUUUAAAAUGGAGAAAACGAUUAGUGUGCGAGGCUUUAACGUAUAAGUCGAGUUUAUUGUACAAUUAUUAACUAGACUUUGGAGAAAGAAGAAAGAGAGAAAGGAGAGAGAGAGAGAGAGAAAGAGAAGGAAAGAGAGAGAAAAGAAGUGUUUCUUAUACUGUGCCGCCAAUAAGCCACACACCACACCGAUGAAAAGUACUGUUUAUUGUAUUUCGUUUGUAUAUUUGUGUUUAAUCACUAUCCCCUACCUCCCCCAUCUCGAUUACGUUAAACUAUCCUAUGAAUACCUGUGUAUCUUCCAAAUAAAGAUCUAAUUCAACCGCA